GCAACUCACCAUGACAUGCUCACCUCUUUACUUGGAAGCAAGGAGGAAGCUAUGAGUUCCAUCCUAUACAACUACAAGCAUGGGUUUUCGGGCUUCGCAGCAAUGCUCACGGAGUCUCAGUCAAAAGAUAUUGCAGAGCUGCCUGGUGUAAUGAGCGUUAGGCCAAGCCGCGUCUAUAAAAUUCAGACAACUCGAAGCUGGGACUAUCUUGGACUAUCCUACAACCAACCGAAGGGACUGCUGCAUGAUAGUCAUCUUGGAGAAGAUAUCAUAAUAGGAAUGGUUGAUACUGGUAUAUGGCCAGAGUCUCCAAGCUUCAGCGAUGCCGGUUUUGGGCCGAUACCAUCACGAUGGAAAGGCAUUUGCCAGACUGGAGUCACCUUCAGUGCCAGCAAUUGUAGCCGAAAAAUCAUAGGAGCUCGAUGGUACACCAAUGAUGUGGACUCAGAGGACCUCAAAGGAGACUCCUUAUCACCCAGAGACUCCAACGGUCAUGGAACACACACAGCGUCCACAGCUGCUGGUGUUCUCGUGGGAAAUGUGAGUGUGCAUGGACUGGCUUCUGGUGCAGCACGUGGAGGAGCACCGCGAGCGAGGUUGGCUAUAUACAAAUCAUGCUGGGGAAGCAGUGGAAGUUGCUCUGAGGCUGCGGUGCUUAAAGCCAUAGACGAUGCGAUACAUGAUGGAGUUGACGUGCUAUCUUUAUCCCUUGGAGGAAAUGGGUACCCUGAGGGUUCUUUGAAUGCAGUGGUGAAGGGGAUUACCCUUGUUUUCGCAGGUGGGAAUGAUGGCCCAUCUAUGCAGACAAUUGACAAUGCUCUUCCGUGGGUGCUCACUGUUGCAGCUUCUACGAUCGAUCGUUCUUUUCCUACUCUCAUCACCCUUGGAAAUGGUCAAUAUUUUCACGGCCAAGGAAUAAAUUACGAAGGUGGGAAAGAAACUUUCAAACAAUUAGUUUAUGGGGGCAGUUGCAGCAGAGAUUCUUUGAAUAAGACCGAAGUUAAUGGGAGUGUUGUUUUAUGUUAUACACCUUCGGAUAUUACUUCUAUGAAUCCAAGAUCAGAUUUGGUUACGAACGUAAACAAUGUUAUUGCGGCAAAUGGUGCAGGUGUUAUUUAUGCACAAUACACCACCAACAUACUCUAUGUUCUUGAAGGAUGUAAUGGCUUUCUUGUAUGUGCUGUCGUAGAUUUUGAGAUAGCUAAUCAAAUACUAAACUACUAUCAAACAAGUGUUCAAUCAUUGAUCAAAGUAAGCCCAACAAAAGAUGUUAACGGGCCAACAGUUCUUUCACCAAAUAUUGCCGCUUUCUCAUCAAGAGGGCCAAGCAUCAUAUUCCCCCAAUUGCUUAAGCCUGAUAUUGCCGCGCCUGGAGUUACAAUCUUGGCAGCAAUAGGAAGCUCUUACCAUUUUGAUAGCGGAACGUCCAUGGCAUGCCCUCAUAUUUCCGGCAUUGUUGCACUAUUGAAGUCACUCCAUCCUUCUUGGUCUCCUGCAGCUAUUAAAUCAGCAUUGGUUACAACUGCAUCAAUCAACAAUGAGUAUGGAUGGCCAAUAGAGGCAGAGGGACUGCCAAGAAAGCUUGCUGACCCUUUUGACUUUGGUGGUGGGCAUGUCAACCCCAAUAGAGCAGCCGAUCCAGGUCUCAUCUUUGAUAUUGAUCCAAAAGACUACCUCAAUUACUUCAAUUGUUCAAUUGGCAUUCCAGAUGCUUGUGAUUCAACAAAGCCUUUGUACUACUUGAACUUACCAUCUAUCUCCAUUCCCAACCUCAAGAAUACACUCACUAUUUGGAGAACAGUCACUAAUGUUGGCUCAACUGAUGCUGUAUAUGAAUCUAUCCCUGAGUCUCCAGUGGGUGUUAAAAUGGUUGUUGAGCCUUCAAUUUUGGUCUUCAAUGUUACUCAUAAGGUGCUAACUUUUAAAGUGGAAUUCACGGCCACCGUCAAGCUGCAAGGAGAUUACACAUUUGGUAGUUUGACUUGGUAUGAUAAAGAUGGCCACAGUGUGAGGAUGCCAAUCGCUGCUCGAAUAGUGAUCCAAGAUUUCUUUGCAGACACCUCCUAAAAUGAUUAUGGAUAAACUUGCUUCCUUCUUGUUGAUGAUGUGGUAAU